CCAAACAAAACCCUGGAUAGAUAUGUUCUUUCUUAGCAAUAAUAAGCAACUCUCACAGAACCAAACCCCGCCACUUAUAUAUAUCAGGAAGGAAACAUCAAACCCUGUAUAUGUAUAGGAGUAAUUAAUUAAUUAAUUAAUCAAUUGAAUAACAUGGCUUUGGUUUUGAAGCGAGCACUACAACAAUCAGGAGGAAUCAUCAAACCGGGGUUAAAAAACAACAUAUACAGAGGCGUAUCAAAACAGAGGGGAUAUGAUAAUACAUACAGCAGACAUAUUUCACAGCUCGUAAACCCUAAUGCCAGACGUGUCUGUCUUGUUGAUACUCUCGCUUUGGUAAGGAGUUUAGAAGCACAAGGUUUUCCAUCAAAACAGGCCGAAGCAAUAACAUCCUCCAUCACCGAAGUUCUUAAUGAUAGUUUGGAAAGUGUGUCUGAUACCUUUGUUUCAAAAGCUGAUAUGGAGAAGACAAUGAUGCUUCAAGAAGCACAUCUUUCCAAGUUCAAGUCUGAAGUUCAAAUUUCCCAGGAGCACCACUUCUCUAUGUUGCAACGUGAGACUGAAAAGCUACGAACGGAUAUAGACAAAAUGCGAAGUGAGCUAAGAUAUGAGAUCGACAAGGUCACUGCAGGUCAUCGCUUGGAUUUAAAUCUUGAAAAAGGUCGUAUUCGUGAUGUGAUGAACCUUCAGAAUGCUGAAACCACUGGCCUGACUAACAAGCUUGACCAAGAAAUUCAUGGUUUAAGAGCCCAAUUAGAAGCUGCAAAGUAUGAUGUAAUCAAGUAUUGCAUUGGAACACUUACAUCUAUAUCUGCUAUUGGUCUUGCCUUCAUUCGUAUCUUCAUGUAGCAGAGUUAUGCAUCGAUAUGUGAAAACUCUGAUACAAUUCAUUUGGUCCAUCAUUGUUACCUGUGGAUGCAACUUUAUUUUGUAGGUGCAUUAAAGUAUACAGGUCCAUUUUUUGCACAUUCUAAUGUCUCAACUUAGCUAUUGGAAUUUUAUUAGGUCACUCGAUUUUUGGAGCAUCCAAUACUUCUCGAGAUCUUUGUACAAAUCCAGUGUUAAUAUUUGGAAAAGUUCUCAGCUUGAUAAUGUAACACAGCAUAGAGGGUUAGUCUCUUUGUUAGAAUUUGGGUUAGUUGCCCACAGAUGCAAAUUACCACCUCAAUUUCGAGCUAUAAUGUUAUAGUAACAUGCUUUCAGUUGAAAGAUUGAUUGGUUGAAGAUUUGACCAUAUUUUGAAAUAGGGAAACUCUUCUUCCCUUUAACAAAAUAAGAAAUAUAUGUAUUUCUUACUGCUUGAGGAAGUAUUGUUUUGAUUG